UAACGUCAUCGACUCGGGAGUUGGAGAAAAAAAAGUGGAAUCGCCCGAAUCUGCAGCAGCGUGUUGGGCGGACUCGGUCCACUAAUAACUCUGAACAUCACGAGAAAACGGGGUUUUUCCGUUCCUUUUUUCGGUGACCGUUCUUUGUUCAAUACCGUUCCUUUUUUGGGGUGGAUCCGGUCUCUUUAAACCCGCGUUAGGAGCGGACCCGCGGGCUUGGUCCUGGGUUCAGACCUCGUUCGUCUACAUUCGUGAGGAGGAUCCUCCGAGACCUCCGGGCCGACACCGGGAACACACGAUGGAUUUCCGGCUACUCUCCGUGGGGGCGGUGCUGAUGUUGUUUGGGGGCAGCUGGGCCCAGCAAGAGGGCAGUGAAUGCAUCAAGGCCAACGCCCAGUCCUGUGGAGAGUGCAUCCAGGUCGCCGAGAAGUGUGGCUGGUGCACCGACGAGAACUUCCUGAGAGAUGGCGAGUCCAAGACGGUGCGCUGUGACGACAUUGGAUCCCUGAGCGCCAAGAAGUGCGUGAAGAUUGAGAACCCGCGCGGGAACAUCAACAUCAACAUAAACAAGGACGUGACGAACCGCAAGAAGGACCAGGCGGACAAGCUGAAGCCCGAGCAGAUCACCCAGAUCCAGCCCCAGAAGCUCACGCUCAACCUGCGCUCCGGGGAGCCCCUGACCUUCAACCUCAAGUUCAAGCGUGCGGAGGACUACCCCAUCGACCUGUACUACCUGAUGGACCUGUCCUUCUCCAUGAAGGACGAUCUGGAGAACGUCAAGAACCUGGGCACCCACCUUAUGAGGGAGAUGCAGGAGAUCACCUCCGACUUCAGGAUCGGCUUCGGCUCCUUUGUGGAGAAGACGGUGAUGCCCUACAUCAGCACCACCCCGGCCCGCCUCGCCAAUCCGUGCAUCGGCAACUACAACUGCACCAGCCCCUUCAGCUACAAGAACGUCCUGAGCCUCACCAACGACGGGAACCAGUUCAACAACCUGGUCAGCCAGCAGCAGAUCUCCGGCAACCUGGACUCCCCCGAGGGGGGCUUCGACGCCAUCAUGCAGGUGGCCGUCUGUGAGGGGAAGAUCGGCUGGAGGAACGUGACCCGUCUGCUGGUGUUCUCCACCGACGCCGGCUUCCACUUCGCCGGAGACGGCAAGCUGGGCGGCAUCGUGCUACCCAACGACGGCAAGUGUCACCUGGAGAACAACAUGUACACCAUGAGCCACUACUACGACUACCCCUCCAUCGCCCACCUGGUGCAGAAGCUCAGCGACCACAACAUCCAGACCAUCUUCGCCGUUACCGAGGAGUUCCAGCCCGUCUACAAGGAGCUGAAGAAUCUGAUUCCUAAGUCAGCCGUGGGGACUCUGUCCUCCAACUCCUCCAACGUCAUCAAGCUCAUCAUCGACAGCUACAACUCGCUGUCCUCUGAGGUGAUCCUGGAGAACAGCCGUGUCCCAGAGGGCGUGACCAUCAGCUACAAGUCCGUCUGUAAGAACGGCGUGACGGGGACCGGCGAGGGCGGAAGGAAGUGCUCAAACAUCUCCAUCGGAGACGAGGUCUCGUUCCAGAUCUCGGUGGAGUCCACCAAGUGCCCGUCCCACAACUCGGAGACCAUCAAGAUCAAGCCACUGGGCUUCACCGAGGAGGUGGAGGUGGUGCUCAACUUCAUCUGCGAGUGCGAGUGCUCCAAGGGCGGAGUUCCCAACAGCAAGGAUUGUCACAAUGGCAACGGCACCCUGGAGUGUGGAGCCUGCAAGUGUAAUGCAGGGCGUAUCGGCGGAAAGUGCGAGUGCAGUAAGGACGAGCUUCGCACGGAAGACCUGGACGCCAACUGCCGCAGGGACAACGGGACGGACAUCUGCUCCAACAACGGGGAGUGCGUGUGCGGGACCUGCGAGUGCAAGACGCGGGAGAACCCCGCCGAGAUCUACAACGGGAAAUACUGCGAGUGCGACAACUUCAACUGCGACCGCUCCGGCAACAAGCUCUGUGGAGGCCAUGGUCAAUGUGAGUGCCGGAUGUGCGUGUGCGAGGCCAACUACACGGGCAGCGCGUGUGACUGCUCCCUGGACACCUCCACCUGCCUGGCCAAGAACGGGCAGAUCUGCAACGGCCGCGGCACCUGUGAGUGCGGCGAGUGCAAGUGCACCAACCCCAAGUUCCAGGGCUCCACCUGCGAGAUCUGCCCCACCUGCCCGGGCGUAUGCCCCGAACACAAGGACUGUGUGCAGUGCCGGGCAUUCGGCGGCGAAGGGGACAAGCUGGCGUGCGAGCAGAGCUGCGGCUACCUGACGCUGGUGAAGGUGGCGCGGCGCGACGACCUGCCCCAGCCCACGGACCAGAGCUUCCCGCUCACACACUGCAAGGAGCGCGACGCUAACGACUGCUGGUUCUACUACACCUUCGCCGUGCGCAACGACACACCCGAGGCCUACGUGGUGGAGGAGCUGGAGUGUCCGGCCGGCCCUGACAUCAUCCCCAUCGUGGUGGGCGUGGUCGCAGGCAUCGUCCUGAUUGGCUUAGCCCUGCUGCUCAUCUGGAAGCUGCUCAUGAUCAUCCACGACCGUCGCGAGUUCGCCAAGUUUGAGAAGGAGAAGAUGAACGCCAAGUGGGACACGGGCGAGAACCCCAUUUACAAGAGCGCCGUGACAACCGUGGUCAAUCCAAAGUACGAGGGCAAGUGAUGGGCCGGUCCUGCCGUUAUGACGACACUGUAUGCAAAUGAACCUGUUUGUGAGGGGGGGGGGGGGGGUGGUAUGGAGGUGGGGGCAAGCUUUUUUUUUAAUCAUUUUUAUGUCACUGUUGUUUUGCCACUAUUACAUUUAACUAAUGUGUCUUAUCCUAUGCAUCGCUUGGAAAUGUGUACAGUCUGUAUAAUAUUUUUCUUUUCUUUUUUUUUUUAUUGAUUUCGUUCUCUGUGGAACUUGAGCGUUCUGCCAAGGACCAGUAAGGCCUCAUCGAACCAUCACUUAACCCGACGGCACGAUAACAUUGUACCAAGUCUUCAUAGCAUGUUACAGUUCUUAAUUCUGGUGACAUGUAAUUCUACCAAGUAUCCGUGGCAGGUUAUCUUACCAUGUCGUCACGCAAUGUUGUCGUACGUUUCCGAUCCCGGCACAGCCCAACUUCUCCAGGUGCCGGUCAAAGGCCUCGCCCAGAUCACCCGUCUACGUUUCCAUGGUAGCGGGGACUCAGUAAUCCAGUAGAACGCCUUAAAUCCGACAAAACAAAACCACAUCGUCGACUGGAUCAGCCCCCUGAGAUGAUUCUAUGUCGGUACUGGGGUCACCAUGACGACGCCUCGUUAUCGGAGAGGUCCACUCUAAACGCAGCGAUGUAGCACGGGGGGGGGGCGCGCUGUCUAAAGCCAUAAUUAAGCGGACAGAGUUAGUUCAUGUUAGAGGUGUCUACGUUAAAGGUGUGUUUCUUAGCAACAGCUUCCUUCCAAACAAUCAGUUUGUCACGCGGCGGUCCGGGGGGGGGGGUUGAACAGACGGCCGUGUUACUGUCUAGCUCUGGGUUUUCCUUGUUUAAUUUAAAAAGACAACUCAGGUCCCUGAUUCUUCACAGAAAUGCCAAAUGAUAUACAAUCACACGAAAUCACGAGAAAUCAGAUUGUCAGAUGUUCGGAGAGUGUUUUUACUUGCAGGUGCUGAAUGCGUGGAGGUCUCCAGCCUUGGCCUCUCAGCUUGAUUUAUCUUUUUAUGUUUGUUUAAAAUGUGAUCUAUGUUAUUCUCUGGUGCCUAGAUCAAAUGUUCUUUUUUUUUUUAAUCUAAAGUGGGGAUCCCAUUUCAAAAACCCUUUUAAAAGAUCAGUGUUAAGAGGGCAAUCUCCGUUAGUAAACUAUAGAAUAUCCGAGUUCAAAAUAUCAGACUUUUUAAGUGCCUUUUUAUAACUCAUUCAUGUUUGCAAUUUUUUUUCUGAUAUUUAUUAAAUAAAGACCCAAAACGAUUGACCCACAAACGAA